CCCUCGUCAUACAGGCCUGUAUGCCUUCGUGACACACCUUUUGUUGGCUCGUCGAGCUGGUAUCAUCAGCAUCAUCCCGCGUCUACUGGCCGACGGCGGUGAAUUCAAGAGUUACUCUAAAGCUGAGAGAGGUGAGAAGCUAAGCGGGGAACCCCACUCUGUCAGGUAGCUUGUCACGUAAAUAAAGAACCAAGCAUUUUCUGGAUGUGUGCACUUCAGUGUCGCACGCAUCAUAUGUUAAGUGUCAGGGAUCCAGCCAGCUCUCUCCAGGCAUUAGCAGGCUAAAAAACAGGCUGUAGAGGUGGAGUCAAAGCAAGCUGGAUUGAAUGCAGUUUGCUUUGUUAUCAGUCGAAAGCGAAAGUAGCCCGUAUCCUUAGUCCAGUCUGUCUGCUAAGAUGCUACAUUACAUCGACGUUUCUGUUACUGCCUGCUGGUGCUGCUGCUGAUGGUGUUUCCCUCCUCACACCGUCUGUCACCUCCGUGUAUCUGUGGUGCUGUUUCCUGCUGCAGGAUGUGUGAUGAGGAGUUGAAUCCAGCUGCAGUAGCCCAGCCAGUAGAGGAUGUACAUGGAGAUGGACGAUGGAUGUCACAGCACACAAGAUUUGUGCAGGAGUGUAAAGAUGGUGAACCAGAUGUACUUUUCAUUGGUGAUUCAAUGCUUCAACUAAUGGAGCAGUAUGAGGUCUGGAAGGAGUUUUUCUCUCCUCUUCAUGCUCUAAACUUCAGCAUUGCCGGAGACACCACCUGUAAUGUGCUGUGGAGGCUUCAGAAUGGAGAGCUGGAGAACAUCCGUCCCAAGGUUGUGGUGUUGUGGGUGGGAACCAACAAUUAUGAACACACAGCAGAGCAGGUUGCAGGAGGAAUCCUUGCUAUUGCACAACUGCUCACCUCCCACCUCCCAAAGGCAAAGAAAGUUGUACUGGGUUUGUUGCCUCGAGGGGAGCAUCCCAACCCUCUGCGUGUGAAGAAUGCUGCUGUGAACGGGUUCCUGCACUCCUGGCUGCCACGGCUGGGUCAGACUCAGCUCUUGGAUGUGGGCAGGGAGUUUGUUCACUCUGAUGGAACCAUCAUCCCGAGGCACAUGUUUGACUUUCUUCACCUGACAUCAACAGGUUACCUCACCGUGGCCAAGCCCCUCAGUGACCUGCUGCUCCAGAUCCUGGAUGAGACACCAGAGGAGCGACAGGCAUCACUGGUGUGAAUGUGGGUGAAGAUGAGGGAAGUGGGAUGACAUUCAGGAGUGGAGAGAGGUGAGGAAAAGGGAGAGAGACCUCAUGACAGACAUAAAAUGAAACCAAAUCCAAUAUACCUUAUUGUCCCCACAGGGAAAAUAUUUUUCUGCAACAGUGUUACAACUGCACAAUAUACAAGAAUAUAUAAAAAACAGCACAUAUGGUGCAUGUGGCUACAUUUUCUGAGUAUACACAAACUCAAUUGGUCCUGAAUUAGAGAUCACCUCCUCCUCUUACUAACUGUAGUUUUGCUAUAUAUCAUUAUCAUCAUUAUUAUUAGUAUUAUUAUCAUUAUAAUAUCAAUAUUAUUAAUAAAACAACAACAAUAAUAAUAACAGUAUAUUUUGGUUUUUGCUCUUGUCAGCAGUCUUACGUUGAUUUAUUUGUGGCAACCGCUACAAUAUUAACACUGGUCCUAUUUUAUGUUACAUCACCAUGAGUAGAUUUCAUUCACUCACUGCUCUUUUUUUCUUCUAUCCCUCGCUCUACCUGUAACUCACACAAAGAGUGAAACACAAUGACAUCAGACACUUUACUGAACAUUUUUUUUAUCAUUUUGUUCUUAUGAACAGACGUGAAGUCAGUGUUUAUUGAGCAGGUGAAGCAAGAUCCAAUCUCAUGUGAUCACCGUAGAAGCAUCCAGGAUGCAUUUAUAUGUUGUGGUAACUUUUUGAAUUAAUUUCAAUUUUAUUUGUAUGGCGCCAAAUCACACCAUACAUUACCUCAAGGCACUGUACACAGUAAGGCAGAGACCUUUAUAAUAUUAUAUAGAGAAACCCAGCAGUUCACCUAAUGUUCAAACACUAGGCAUUGGUGGAGAGAAAAAUCUCCCUUUUUAACAGGAAAAAAUCUCUGACAGAAGAACCAGAUUAAAAAAUGUGUGGCC